ACGCAACUUUCUCUUCUAUCAUAGCACCCCCUCCUCUUCCGUCACCACCAUCACUACUGGCGCCUUCACCACUUUUCUUCUAUUACCACCACUGUCACUGUUUCUUAUUUGCGCUAUCGCCGCCACCUUCUUUUCUGUACGACUAUUACCCCUCCCCACUUUCAGUUCUUUCUUACUGCAUUACCACCUCCGCCACAGCCAUUGUACCUGUAAGUAUAAUGUCAUUGCCAUGAGAAAUAGCAGGCAACGAGCAUGUGUAGCGAACCUGAAAUAUGUUCGUUUCAGUAGUAAUUACCAAUUAAUUAAAAGUAACCAAUAAAGAAAAACUACACACCCUAUCCUGCUGACACAUUUUUUACACAUGCGUAUACAUAAUAUAAAACAUAAAUAUUUACGUGAUCCUUAACUUCGGUGUGGAUAGAAACACAACAGAAAAGAAGCGGAUCUUGAUGUUCACAGAAAAAUUAGAUAAUCAAUUGAGAAAAUACUAAAGAAGUACUCUAAUAGAGAAACAGUAUAUAAUUUUACUCCUCCGUCUCCGUUUACACACACACUUGUCGCUGUAUUUUUGGUUGUUUUUGAGUAGGCGCUCACAUUUCACAUACACAUACACAUAUCCGUCCUCGCAAUUCCUUUUGUUGUGCACGAGUGUCCGUAAAACUUAAAAGACACAUUUCUAUCAAGGAACCGACAAGGAAUUGUAGAAGAAUGUUUAUCUGCGACAAGGAUAGUACCAUGGUUUGAACUGCUGGGAUUCUCACUGUGUCCAUAAUAUUUUUAAUAUUUAAAGAAGAAAGACUAGCGAAAAUACCAAAAUGGCAACUGCAGAGAACGUGUAUGCUAUGCCAUUUAUAAAUGACAAUCAUGGCUACGCAUAUGAUAUGGACCAAGGGGAGAGCAGCUAUGAGCUUCAUAAUAUUGAACCAUCCCAGUUUUCACCCUCACAGUCAGACAGUUUCACGGAACAGUUGAUCCAGAACCUUCCCAGCAACAGACUCAUGACUGACCUUUCAAGAGCAAGAGAUGGAACACUAAGAUCUAGAUCAACAACUAACACUAUUAAAAAACGAAAAACUUUCCGAUCAAAAUCUUUGAUGUAUAAAACUGUGAGGAUGCGACAAAAAGCAACCAGCAAAGACAUUCUGCAGAAGUUAGAAUCUGACGAACUAAUAGACGAUGGAUACCUAACAAGCGAAGGCAAAGAUGCAUUAAACGCCAUGCCAGUGAAUCUAAGCAAUAAGCGAGAAGUCAUACGAAGUUUAACUGACACGAUAAGGUCAAAAGAAAAGACAUUGUCGACUGAUGUAUGGCUUCGCUCAAAUAUACAAGGGUCAUGGAGUCGGUUCAAGAGACGUCUCAGGAAUAUGACCUACUAUAUAGGUCUAUGGCAAUCAGUCAUAAAGAAAAUUGAGGGACUCUUUGGAAGCAGUGUCACCUCUUACUUCCUGUUUCUCAAGUGGCUGUUCUUCUUGAAUGGUUUUACCUUCUUUUUAAUGUUCUGUUUCCAAGUUCUUCCUUUUAUAUCCUUCUCUCUCAAAUUCUCUCCCUCACUUUCUGUCUAUGUUUCUAUUACACAGGGCUGGAUGGCAAAUACAGAGUUGUUCUAUGGUUUUUACACUAAUGAGACUAUUCUCAUUACUGACACACAAUACUUGAUGCCGUAUGCCUACUUCUACAGCGCCAUCUUGAAUUAUUUAUUAAUCUUAUGCGCAAUGUUUUACAGUAUUGCUCGGUCAUACAAGGAGAACUAUAUUGAAGCAACCACUGAAGACAAUUUUUACUUUGUUACAAAGAUCUUCACUAUAUGGGACUAUAGUGUGAUAUCAAGGGAUGCUGCAGCCCUGCGGCACAGGAGCAUCCAUAAUGAAAUCAAGGAAUAUCUCUCUGAGUUCAAAGAUUCCAAGAAAGAGAUGAAUUUUGAUAGUAAAGCGAGAAUUUUCUUUUUACGGCUGUUAAGUCAUAUUCUAGUUUUGUGCUUGAUCAGUGCCUGUGGAUAUGCUGUCUAUUAUCUCUCUACAAAUCUAAAAGAUGAAACUUCAAAUGAGUUCCUGCAGGAUUUUGGCGUGCCUAUAUUGAUGUCAGCCUCAAACCUUCUUUUACCUUUAAUUUUUACGGCUAUAACCUACUUAGAGUCCUAUGAACUCCCACAGACCAACUUAUAUGUGACAAUGGUGAGAACAAUGUUAUUAUCAAUCGUUAAUAUGGCAAUGCUCUGUUUAUACUGGUCAAGGAAAGUAAUAAUGAAUGAGAGUACACAGUGCUGGGAAACCUUCAUCAGCCAAGAAAUCUACCGUUUAGUGGUAAUUGAUUUCUUCUUCACCAUUCUCUACACUUUAGUCUUCGAAGUAACCUGGUUCAUUUCACAUUCUUGUAAUAUCUUAUCUGCGAGCCCAAAGUUCAAUAUUGCUACAACAACACUAGAUCUGGUUUAUUCACAAGCACUUUGUUGGCUUGGUUUAUUCUAUGCUCCUUUGAUGCCAUUGUUAAUGGUUGUGAAAUUAUUUUUUAUAUUCCACAUUAAAUGUAUUAGUGUAAUAUACUGUUGCAGUCCUUCUAAAAUGAUCUGGAGAGCCUCACGUACACAUACAAUCUUUCUGGGAGUAUUACUGCUAUAUUUUGUAUUAACAGUUGUUGCAGUUGCUAUAAGUAUCUAUUACAACAAACCAAGUGUUACAUGUGGACCAUUCAGCCAAAUGAAUACUGCCUACGAUCUUGUCUCUCUGAUGGUUGACAAAUGGCAGUCUUCAAAUUUAUAUCUCAAGAAAAUCGUUAGGUUUAUUUCUCAACGAGGUUUUAUAUUUGUAGUGCUUAUUAUCUUCUGUGUCAUAGCAUAUUACAGUCAUAUUCUACUGACCAGCCAUCGUAAAAUGGUGAAGCUUCUUAAAUACCAGCUGGAUCUGGAAGGCAAGAACAAGCAGUUCUUGUUGACAUUGAUGAACAAAGCCAGGCAAACAGAUGAUGAAAAGUCAAGUAGGAGGAGAUAGGAAUAUAAUUGUUGCCAGUAGCAAAAUUGGUUUAUCUCUAAAUGUGCUGCAAUUGGAAUAAAGAAGGAAGUGGUUACAACACCUAGGACUUUGCAAGGAAAACCAAGCAAGAGUAUAACUUGUAAAUAUUAUUUAAAAAAAAAAGAAACAGCAAAAAUUCAGAGAUUCUGUUAAAAAAUAAGACUAUAAAAAAAAGAAAGAAAAUGAAAAAAUAUUGCAGACUAUUUCCAUUUUUGAGAUUUUUUUUCAUAUUUGUUUUUAAUGAAUAAUUCAUAUCACAGAAUGAUUUUUUGUUUUUUGAACUGUUAUACUGUGUACAAAAAUAUCUUGUAUUCUAGAGGUGAAAUGACGAAGUGGGUGAGGUCUUGAUUUCAAGACCACAGUUGGGUUUUUUUUUUUUUUUAGUUGUUUAUUUAAUUCUAUAUUGCCUCAGUUCAGCUGGCUCCCAUGAAAACAAUGUUACAAAAUCUUCUGGGAAUAUUACCUACAUUAAAGACAGACACUUUCCAACAGUAGACAUAUGUGUGUGCAUAUAUAUAUAUAUUGAAAUGAAGAGUUGAAAGUUAAUAAUUAUUUAUUAACAAAUUGGUAAUCUUUACUUCUUACAGCCAAUUUGUUAAUAAUAAAUAAUUAACUUUCAACUCUCCAUUUUCUUUUCUUCAUUUAACUGGAUAUGAACUAUAUGCCUAAUAUAUAAAGGAAUUAAGGGAAUUUCAUUCCCCAAUAAUACUAGUUAUCAAACCAGUAUUCCCUUGGAUGUAACCAUCCCUUUAUGAGGUUAACAUAUCCUCUAAAUAAAUCUAUAUAUAUAUAUGCACACACAUAUGUACAUACAUACAUAUCUUGUCUUUUUAAUACCAUGAGACAGAAACAAAUCUCAGGGUCAUCUAAUCUCCCUCUCAUUUAUAUCUGAGAUUGGUGACAUUUUUAUAAUUCUUUUUUUUUGAAACUGUAUAAUAAACGUAUUUUUUGUAUUCUAUUUUUAUAAUGUUUCAGUCAUUUGGCUGCGACCAUACUGGGGCACUGCCUUCAUGGGAUUUACUCAGUUAUAUUGACCCCAGUUCUUGAUUUCAGUUUGGUAUUUGUUUUAUUGAUUUCUAUUCAUUGAAUUGCUAAGUUAUAUUAUUGACAUAAAGAGAUUCAAAUUGAAAUGCUGGUAAACACAUAUACAUACAUACCUGUACAUACUUAUGUGUAUGUGAGUGUAUGCAUAUAUAUAUAUAUAUAUGAUGGCCAUCUACUCGUGACUGAGGAAGAUCAUUGCUGACCUUCAGGAAUGUUGUAUGCUCUUGAACUAACUUAUAUUUUGCAUCUGUGCUCUGUUGGUGGCUGAGCCCUGCUCUUGACAAGCAUACACGACUGCAAACAUUGCAAACAAGGCUUUCCCUAUUCACAAAACCAGCAGUGCAUUUUCGAGCAGCAUGCUUAAGUUCUUCAUGCAGAAUACGUGUUCUCUCAAAGGUGCCGACCCUUUCCUUAACCUGCUUCCUCCAUCUGUGGCGAUGACAGGCAGAGCUCUUCCAGUCAGUCUCCUGCAUAUCACAAGCCUUUAAUGAGGACUUGACACAGUCCUUAAAUUGCAGCCUUUACAUACAUUCACAUGCACUCAUUAAUCUUUAAUGGGCUUCUCUGAUUAGUAAAUUCCAUACAUAAGGUAUUAAUAAACCUACAUCUACAGCAGCAGAAGACACUUGCCAAGGGAUUUGCCACUAAGAACUUGGAACUGUGUUGUGUAAAGUGGGCAUCUUAACCAUAUGGUUACACCUGUACCAAUGUAUGACUGACUCUUAUAUAAAUGUCCACAUAUGGCAGAUAUCCUGCGUGCAUGUCUAUUAACAGCAAAUCUGCAGUGCUUUAGCUAAAAUAUCUUCUUUAGAUAUCCCAUUUCCUUUACAAACACAACCAAAAAAAAAGAUAAAAGUAAAAAUAACUCUCCUUAGCAUAUAUUUUUUUAAUGUAUGGUAGAUAAGUGCUCAUUAUUGAUUCAAUGGGGUUUUCCUUCUUCUUUUGAGUUUACCUGUUUUUGUUUAACAACAUGUUUACCUUAAAAGAGCAGAACUAUGAUCAAAGGCAUUCCAGCUAUGACCACACAUCUUUUUAUGAUUAUAUAGCCCAUGGCUGUGGUUUACAAGACUUGGAGGGCUGGCCGCUAGACUUGUGGUACACAAGCCAACUGGUGUAUGGACAUGACUUGAUAUCACAUAAAUCAGUACCCCUGCCUAAGGUUAAACAGGCUUUGUGCCUUAAGGGUAAGCUGGAGAGUAGAAGACCAACAUAGUAAACUGUAUAUUAUCUGGCAGAAGACAAGCCACUGUCGUAUCUUCUCUAAAACAAAAUCAUAAAUCUUCAGACUUUGGCAUGGAAGUCUAUGAUUGCUGACACAUGUAAAACUGGUGUGGAACAUGGAGAGAGAGAGAACAUCAACCAGCAGAUGUUUCAAUACAACAUUAAUCCAAUGUGCCUUUAUUUAAAAUGGUAUUGAGUGAAAUAUUUAUAUUUUGAGUUCAAAUCAUGGUCAACUUCUGGAAGUCAAUAAAAUAAUGUAUUAUCCAAGUACUGGGGUCAAUGUAAUCAAAUGUUCCUGCCCACUGAAAUUUCUGACUUUGUGAAUAUUUAAAAAAACUGUUAUCUCUAAUGUUUAAUAAAAUAAAUCUUUCUUAAUA